AUGUCAGUUAACUUAAUUUACACCCGCAUUAGUUCCGAUGACUCGACGGGUUUUGGCCUCACGUAUUUAAUCCUUUUUACAUACGCACCAAAUGUAGCCCCAGCACGCCCAAAUGGACGUCCAAUGCCUCGACGGAACAUUCGACGAGCGGUGCCAAGCGAAUUUCUUACGCCUCCGGCACCACCAUUGCCUCUAAAUCGGCCAGCUAACAACUUCAGGCAUGGAAAAAUCCUAACCCCGCAGCCAACAAAGGGCACUGAGUCUCCAGGAUAUCUUUCCCGUCUGAUGGGGUACCUGGGUAACCCCUUCAGAGACCAGCAGCCUCCACGACCAGCCCAGAAGAAUGGAAACAUCCAUGGGGGAUUUCUCCAACCUCCUCCUCCUCCUCCUGCUCCAAGUAAUUACGGUCCUCCGGCUCCUACAGUGCCUCAACCUCCACCGGUCCAGCCGCCUCAGUAUCAGCCACCUCAAGCGCCAUCGCCUUCAACAGGUCAAGCUUACUUACCACCUCUGAACACCUUCGGAAGAAGUUGCGAUCCUUGCAAUACGGUGCCUUGGAUUCCAAUCCACCAGAACGUUGAUGUUCCUCAAGUAAAUCCAGGGUAUGAGAGUCCAGAACAUCAUAAUGUUCCAGUCCAAGCUGAUCUUCAUGUAGCGCCGCCUUUGGAUAUCAAGCAACCGGAUUUUAGUUACGGAGUUCCUAACGGAGCGAUUUCGAAUCCUCAUAUGUACCCAGGAGCUGUUCCACCUUUGUUUAAAGCUACUGCCUUUGAUACGCAUUCUGCUGAUUCUGGGGUCAGUCCAGAAGUGGUUCCUUUUGAAGGGAAUCAAAAUUCAGGGCAGAAUUUGCAAGCAGCUACUUUGAGUUUUGAAGCACAUAUCUCUGAAAAUCAGAGGAACAAUCAGUUUGGUCAAGGGCUUAAUCAGUUCCAAGAACAGACUCAGGGUUCCAAUCAGUUCCAAGAACAGACUCAUGGUUCCAAUCAGUUCCAAGAACAGAGUCAUGGUUCCAAUCAGUUCCAAGAACAAAAUCAAGGUUCCAAUCAGUUCCAAGAACAGACUCAUGGUUCCAAUCAGUUCCAAGAACAGACUCAUGCUUCUAAACAGUUCCAAGAACAUACUCAAAGUUCCAAUCAGUUCCAAGAACAAACUCAUGGUUCCAAACAGUUCCAAGAACAUUCUCAAAGUUCUAACCAGUUCCAGGAACAGACUCAAGGAUAUGAUCAAGUUCCAAACCAACAGUUCCAAGGCUCCCAAGAUUUUAAUCAGCCAUCAGGACCAUCCGGUAACUCUGGAUACGUAGACGUUCUUCCCCCAGGAGCUGAAGUUUCUGGCUCAGAUUCAUCAGCAUUUGACUCAACCCACCAAAUCUCAGAAGUAGCUUCUGCUUCGGCCCAAAUCGAAACUUCUGACCCCCCAAGUCCUGCUCGAAAGCCUCACAGCUUCGAAAUACCAUCAGGACACAUCAUCCACGUGGAGCAAUCUCCCGUAAUAGACUUAUCGGAAGAAGAUUCCGGGAAUCUGGACUCACCAGUGAUUCUCCAAAACCCGGAUGGUACUUACGGAAUCAACGCAACCUGGCCCAGCGGAGAUUCUUCCCGGAUUUGGUCUGCAGAAUCAGCUCAGGCUUCCAAUGAAGCUCCGGAGAUCUUUCAGAAUGUCAACUUGAACCUCACCGAUUCUGCUGCUAGCAGUGCUAGCAACAAUUACAGAACCGCUGAAGGAACAACUGAGUCGUUGAUCAAAUCUGUCAUCAAGUCAUAUAAUACUUUUGAAAAAGAGAUUAAUUCCCUUGAUCGGGGACAGGGUUACGGGAACAGGAAGUUGAACCUAAAGGAUUUUUCAACUAUUUCCGUUUUGAGUCAAGAGUCUCAGGAAUUCACGCCGAGGUCCAGCGAAGAAAAGAUAUCCAGGGCACAAGAAAGGUCAGUGAUGCCUGAUAAUCACAAUCCUGUUGAUCAGGAAUUCAAAGCAGAAGAAGAAGAUAUUGGAGAUGUUAAUGCUGAAGAGGAAGAAGAAGAAGAUGAUGAAGAACUGGAGGAAGUUGAGGAUUUAAAGAAAUUGUUCAAUGAUUCAUGGACGCAGAAAAAGGAAGAAUCGACAGUGAAGCCCACGACGGCGAAAGCCAACACCUCGAUAGACGUCUUGAGGCUGCAGAAGAACAUAGACAAUUGGACAAUCCAGGAAUACUCACGUGGGACUACCGCGACUACUUCCACGCCGAUUUAUUCUCACCAGCUGUUGCAGUCCAAGAAAAUUCCUGAUGAAUAUUUAACCACCGAGGCUCAACAGCCGGUUCAAGAGUCUAGAGGAGAAAAGAGUCUUGGGAAUAUUUUAGAGGGUGAUGUUUCAUCGAACUCAUUGGAAUCAUCGGAGUCAAGCACAAUUCCAAGUGACAUUAGUUAUGGUUCUAAUGAAGAUGUUUCUUGGGAACAACUUCCGGUCUCGAUUUCACCGUUGAGUAAUGAACGUGUGUACGUUGUUACGCCACAGACUGCAUUGAAACCUGCGGCUUUCAAUAGCAGCAAUGAUAGUAAUAAGAUUAAUAAUAAUAAUAAUAACAAUAAUAAUAGUAAUAGUAGUAGCAGUAGUAAGUUAGAUAAUGCUGAAAAUUCAACAUCAGCAAAUUCGACGGUAAAAUUUGACUCUGUUGAAAAAUCGUAUCAAGUUUUACCUCAGGCCGUCAAUAAUCUCGCUGUAGUGUCAACCGGGCCUGCUACUGUUCCACUGUGGGGUAUUAUGGAGCAUGAAGAGUACGCGAGUUUUAAUAAAACUUCACCAAAAACUCUGGUGUCUCAUGCAAGAAGUUAG